AUGAAAGUCGUCGUCUUCAUCGUUGUUGUUGUUGUUGUUGUCGUUGUCGUUAUAGUUGUUGUUGUUAUUGUUGUUGUUGCUGCUGUUGUUGUUAUUGUUGUUGUUGCUAUUGAUGUUGCUGCUUUUGUUGUUUUUGUUGUUGGUAUUGUUGUUACUGUUGUUGUUGUUGGUGGUGGUGCUGCUGUUGUUGAUGUUAGUCGAGUUUGUUGCCAAAACUGGCAUGUCUAA